GCAAGCAAUCACACCAGAGCUGCAAAUAACUUGGAGCAGAACUGUGUCCCCAGCCAGUGUCAGUCGAGGGUCUCCCCACGACUCUCUGCCCUUUUCCUACAUUCCUAAUUAACUCCUGCCUCAGUUCCUCACUGAUCCAUACAACCCCAAACCCCUUGUCUCAGUGCUGUCUGGAGAUUUGGGCCUUGGUGUUGAGGAGGGAUCCAGGAACAGCAGUUGAAUGUCUUGCCCUCCCGCAGUAGAGGGUGGUCGGGGCAGAGGCGGGAGUUCAGGUCAUUUCGCUGUCACCACCCGCCCCCCUGGGGAUAAUCAGAGAUUGAAAUUGUAUGAAAUCUAUUGCAAAUCCUGUCAAGUUUCAAGAGUUCUCCUUACACUCUCGGGCUUCCCCAUCCACCUCUGAUUUUUCUUGUUAAGCGUCAGUUAAAUCUCCAUUUCUUCUCUUGGAGGUCGACAAGUGCAUUUGUUGAGCCCACCUUUCCCGGGCCGGGCGGGUGCUGAGCACGCCCGGUGGCGGCUCCGUGCGGGGAGCGGCGGGUCCGCCCGGUGGCGGCUCCGUGCGGGGAGCGGCGGGUCCGCCCGGGCGGCUGCGGGUGGAGCCCUGGAGCCGGGUGAGCUCCGGCUGCCGCGGAGCGCUGCAGCUCGGCCCGGCAGCGAUUCGGGGCGCUGCCGCUGCUCCGCGCUUUCCGCGGCUGCUGCUGGAAGCCCGGCCGCUCACGGUGUCCACAUCCCUGCCCACAUCCCCUCCGCGUGGCCUUGGCUGGGGCUGUUCCAACCCUGUCCGCCUGCCCCGGGGCGCGGUUCACCCGCUUCAUGACGGUAAAACGCGGCUUUGCAGCAACCCGCGCCGUCUUCCUCCCAGUGACCCUGCGGUGAAACCCCCCCGGGGCCGCACGCCGCUCCCCGCCGGUUAAGGAACACCCCAACGGCCAGGGCCGGGGACGGAGGCGGCUCCGCCGUGGCCGCUCAUUCCGCCUCUGCCGCGCUCGCACGGGGAGGGGGCGAAGCGCGCCCGCCCCGAAACAGCCCGGUCCCUGGCAGCCUCACCUGCCGCCGGCCCGGGGAGGGGGCGGCCGGGCGGGUCCGCGCUGGCCGGGCCGGCUCUCCCCCGGCCGCGGUGCGGCGGGGCGGGGCGGGGGGCGGGCGCGGCGGCGCCGCUCGCUGAUUGCAGGGCGGGCGCUGCCAGUCCGCCGCCUCCCCCGCGCCAGCCGCGUCCCCGCGCCGGAGCCGCACGGCCCAGCAGCGAGCGCCCAGCCCGGCCCGGCCCCGCCAGCCGCCCCCCAUGGAGGAGCAGCCCCACCACCACCAUCACCACCACCACUAUUACUACUACGGGCACCACCACCACCACCCGCAGAGCGCCUACCUGCCGCCGCCCGACGGCCGAGCCCAGCCCAAGCCGCCGCUCCGCCACGAGCACAAGCACGGCGGCCCGCAGCACACGGAGGCGCCGAAGCGGAGACCAGGCUACGGAGAGCUAAAUGGUAAUGCAGGAGAAAGAGAAGUGUCACUGAAGGGCCUGUGCUCUGAUGAAGCCACCGCUCCAGGAUCCAGGGUACCCAAUGGCAGCCAGCAGCUCGCAGAUUCUAAUGCCACCCCAAAGCAGACUGUGAAGGCCGGUGCUUUGGGGAAAGCUGGAAUCAAAACCAAGAACUUCAUUCAGAAAAAUAGCAUGGACAAAAAGAAUGAGAAGUCCUACGAAAACAAACACAGAGAAAACCAGUCCUCAGACAAGCCAGAGGGAGUGUCUAUUCCAAACGGCGUGGUAACAAAUAAUUCCAGCUACAUCACCAAUGGCUACGUAGGCAAAGGGGCCGAUAACGAUGGUAGUGGCUCCGAGAGUGGAUAUACCACGCCUAAAAAAAGGAAAGGCAGGCGCAACAGUGCCAAGGGCUGUGAGAACUUGAAUCUAGUACAGGACAAAAUAAUGCAGCAGGAGGUCAGCGCACCAACCUUAAAACAGGAACUUGAGAGUUUCAAGCCUGAUUAUAGUGAACAAAAGGGGAACCGAAUUGAAAAUACUAAGCCUGUUUGGAAAUACGAGGCUGGGGCUGGUGGAGCAGGCCGGGGAAAGCCUGGGCUCGGGGAUGUACCGCGGAAAAACUCUGAUGCCAAACCUGGGAUUAGCAGCAAGAAGUUUGAUGACCGGCCCAAAGGGAAGCACGCAUCAUCGGCUACAUCUAAAGAGGAUUCAUGGACCUUAUUUAAACCACCCCCAGUUUUUCCAGUGGACAAUAGCAGUGCUAAAAUUGUUCCCAAAAUUAGUUAUGCAAGUAAAGUUAAAGAAAACCUCAACAAAGCAGCUCAAACCCCAUCCACGUCAUCCUCAUCAUCUUCAUCAUCUGCUGGGGAAACUCAGGCCCAAACAUCAAGUCGACUUUCCCAAGUCCCCAUGUCUGCUAUGAAAUCUGUCACUUCUGCCAGCUUCUCGAACGGGCCCAUCCUCGCGGGGACCGAUGGAAGUGUGUAUUCCCCAGGGGCCCAGCCACUGCUCUCCACUGCUGCUAGUACUGUACCAUCCACCUCCUCUGAGGCAGUACCCCAGGACAUGAGUACAACUUCGACAGCCCUCGAACAAAAGAAAUCUGGCCUUUUUAUCUACCCUUCAAAUAUGCAAACUGUGCUCCUGGGGACAGCCCAAGUCGAUUUCCCUUCGCAGACGAAUCAGCAGAACCUGGGGGAUAUCUUCCAGAAUCAGUGGGGCUUGUCUUUCAUAAAUGAGCCCAGUGCUGGACCUGAAACCGUUGUGGGGAAAUCUGCAGAUAAUCAGUUAAUGGAAGUGACAUUUCAAGGGGAAUAUCCUGCCACUUUGGUUUCACAGUGUGCUGAAAUCAUUCCCUCAGGAACUGAACAACCUGUGUUUCCUAAGGCUUAUGAGCUGGAUAAACGGACUAGCCCUCAAAUUCUUAGUGCUAUUCUUAAGCCUGGGACUGCUGUUGAGGGUGGUGUCUUAGCUUUGGAGUCGCAUCACACAGGUGACCUACAAAAGGCAGACACCGGUAGCCAAGGUGCUUUAGUGUUUCUUUCAAAAGACUAUGAAGUAGAGAAUCCUCUGGCCUCUCCUACGAACAAUUUGCUAGCCUCCGCCAAAGAACAGAGGUACCAGAGAGGCCUAGAAAGGAAAGAUAGCUGGGGUUCUUUUGACCUGAGGGCUGCUAUUCUAUAUCACACUAAAGAAAUGGAAGCGGUUUGGAAUUUGCAGAAGCAAGAUCCCAAAAGGAUAAUCACUUAUGAUGAAGCCAUGGAUCGCCCGGAUCAAUGAAGGUAGCAAGACAAGACUGCCUGUUAUAACCUUUCUGCAGCAUUUGUGCUGUUCGUGGGGGACAAAAAGGCUUUUAUGCUCCUUCUAAAUCUUCAGUGCAGCAGAGGAACCAUUACUAGAAUCACAGGAUAAUAUAUACAAAUAUAUAUAUAGUUAUUUAAAAAUGGCAACUGAAAGUAAUUAGACUUCUUAAGGAAUCUGAAAAUUUAUUUCAACGAGACUACACACGUGAUUAUUUAAUCUCCGGUACUGAAUAGAUUUUUUUUUUCUUCAUUUUUGUUCUGUUUUGUUUUUGUUUAAAGAGUGAAUGCAAGUGAUUAAGGAAUACAGACUCAAUUACAAGCCCUGUUUCAAAGUUCCUGCUGUCGUCUGCAUGGGCAACAGCAACCCACUGGAGAGGCAUUUCCACUUGACAAGGUUUCUGUUUCUUGUUCUGUGACUGUAGUGACACACUAAUCACAGGGAAAUCAGGAUGAUUCACCAUCCUUCAUCUCCCCUUUCCCUUCCACCUCCCCUGUUUGGUUUCUUUAUUUUUUUUUUUUUUUUUUUUUUUUUCUGAUUGGUUUUCCAUUGAAUGCUGGAGAAACACCUUGAAGUUUGCAGUUUCUUUUUUUUCUUCCAGAGAAUUAUAAUCCGCAUGUUUUGCCAGGAGUAAAGCAGCAAUCCUAUGCUGGUGAUAUUGUCUUAAAAGGAUCAUUCUGCUGAGGGAAAGAUGGUAAUACUGCAGUUCUAGGAUGCAUGGUGAAGUCACACAGUUGACCUGGCUCCUGUUACACGUUGGACUAUUGCAACUGAAGAAUUAUUUCAUUUUAAAAGACAACAUGGAAAAAUAAGCAAUCUGUUUAGGCAUUUAAUAUGGAAAAAAAACCAAAAAAAAAACCACCCCACUGUUCCCACAGUUUAAUGCCAUUGUAUUACUGGGAGCAAGAAAAAAAAAAAAGACAAAAAAAAAGUAUCUUCUGCUUUCAACUGUAGGUGCUUCAUAUUUGCUCUGUCUGUCUCCUAACACUAAAUGUGCUGGAUUUUUUUCCCAUUUUCAUUGGAAAACUGAAGAUGAAUUGAGUUCUGCUAACUUUCACCCUUCUUGAAUUAUUUUUUCUCUUAAAAAAAAUCAAAAUAACAAAAAAAUGAAAAAAUUAAAAAAAAAAAAAAGAAAAAAAUGGGAAUUUGAAUCCUUUUCAAUUUGUCCAUGGAACGCCAAUGGCUGGGCUUCCUGCCCCUUGGAAAUGCUCUUUUAUAUUUUAAUGCAGUCUGUGUAUUUCCGGGCUCUGCUUCUAAUUAUCUCUUAAUAAAAAUAUAUUUUAUUACAAAAAAAUGGAGGACUUAGGAAUGAAAAUAAUAAUUUUAAAAAAUAAUAAAAAAAAAUAAUCCCAGGGAAAGGAAAGCUUCCUAGCAGUGGUAGGGAAGGCUGAGCAGAGUGCAGGUUCCAGCUGUGUAACCCCUCUGUCCCAUUGCAACUUGUGUAACGUGUCCAGAUCAUCUGGGGGUCAGGUAGUUUCUUCUGGGUUUUUUUUAAAGGUGGAAAAUUCACAGGGUCCAGUGCAAGAGCAAGAAAUGAUUAAAGCAAAAAUGGGUUCGUUGACCAGCCUGAGCUCCCCAUGUACCCAGUGCUCAUCGUGGGUGUCUGUGGCCUGAUCCUGCCUCCUGGAUGUCCAAAUCUGCAGCAGUUGGUGUUCCCUAAAAUGAGACUGGACCCUCUGGGGGAUUGUGAGGAAUAGAUAAACCCAAAACUUUGGAAUACCCUUUGUGCUUAGAUCUGUCCAUCAAGCCAUCGAGCCACUGUCUGGUCACCAGAGGGUUCCACAGGGCUCUGUCCCCAGCCCAUUUCUCUCCAACAUCUCAUUAACAGCCUGUGUUCAGGACUCAAAGAAAUACUAAUUUUGCUGACAGACUAAACUGGGAGGAACUGUUGACUCCCUCGGGGGCAGAGAGCUCUCAAGAAAUUAGAGAUGGGCAAUCACCAACUGUAUGAAGUUUAACAAGGGUGAGUGUCAGAUGCUGCACCUGGGAUGGGCAGCCCUGGGUACACUGGGAAUGAGAGGCUGGAGAGCAGCACCAUGGAAAGGGAGCUGGGCCAUGGCCCGUUGGAUCCGAGUCAGCAGUGCCCUGGCAGCCAGGGAGGGCAGCAGAGUCCUGAGGGGCACCAGCCCAGCAUGGCCUGUCCUGCUCUGCUCUGCACUGUUGCAGCCUCACCUUGAGCUCUUGGGGCAGUUCUGGGCACCACAAGAUAAAGACCCCUAUUAGAGAAGUGGGAAGGGUCUGGAGGGAAAGCCUUGUGAGAUCACUUGGUUUGUUCAGCUGGAGAAAAGGAGAGUGAGGGGAGACCUCAUUGUGGUCUUCAACAUCCUCCAAAGGGGCAGCAGAGGGGCAGCUACCAAUCUCUCCACUCUCAUGACCAGUGACAGGGAAUAGCCUGAAGCUGAGUCAGGGGAGGGUUAGGUUGGAUAGCAGGAGAAGGUUCUGCACCCAGAGGGUGGUUGAGCACUGGAACAGGCUCCCCAGGGAAGUGGUCACAGCACCAAACUUGUCUGAUUUCAAGAAGAGUUUGGACAAUGCUUUCAGGCACAGGGUGGGAUUCUUUGGGUGUCCUGCACAGGGCCAGCAGUUGGACUCGAUGAUCCUGAUGGGUCUUUUCCAACUCAGAAUACUCUAUGAUUCUAUCUCUUUCUUUUUUUUUUUUUUUUUAAUUAGGAGUAUGUAGCAUGUGUUUUUUUUAAUUGUUUUUAUACUUUUAAUAAGAUUGUUCCUGAAUGAGACACUUGAGUUCAUGGUGGGACAAUGAAAUUGAAUUCUGUACCUUGUGUAAGACGCUCGCUUUCUGCCACGCUUAAACAUUUGACUAUGGAUUGCCUACUCCAUUUGAUGUAUCCAAAGCUAUAUAGUAUAAUUCUGAGUGUGAUACUAUAUAGUCAUCAUGUAUUGUAUCAGUCCAGGUUCGGAAAUGUGUGGUUGGCCAGUCGCAAAUACUUCUGUUUCACCUAUAAACUGUACCACCUCUACAGGUGUGUGUAACUUUGAGAUGUAUAACAUGUUUACAGAUGUGCCCAACAUCUAGUCCUCCAACGUUCCUAUUUUUAAUUCUGUUGAGUCUCCUAACUGCUUGCCAAAAGUCGGAAUCGUCUCCAGCUCUGCUGCUGAAGAGCUGGGGCGUUCCUGAGCUUUAAAGUGUUGAACAAACUGGAUGGUGGGGCUGGGAAAAUGAAGGCGGAAGAAAUGUUCUUUUUCCUUUUUUAUUAUUAUUAUUUUCAAAAAGUUGAAGGCUAAUAAGCAAAGUUUCCAGUUUGUUUUACUGGCUUUAAGGCUCUGCUGUGUAUUUAUUUGCCUUGUGUAGUCACUUGUCGCCUUAAGGGCUGGGUUCCAUUAAAAAAAAAAAGAAAAAAGAAAAAAAAAAGACAAAAACACCCUGUUUUGCUUCCCUGGGGUCUGUGCUGUCCUGUACCCCUGCCCCAGGUCCCUGCUUGGGACGAUGCAGGAAUUGAGCAGCACUAACCCUGCGCCUCUAGAAAGGUCUGAGUCUUGCUGAAUAUUUGAGGACUCAUCUUGGCCCAGUCCAGUCUGUCACCUAAAUAGCAAAAGAAAUGCUGAGAGAAACACGGUUCGAGCGCUGGGUUGGGCUGGAUUUCCCCCGAUGCUCAUCUCUGUGGCUUUGCCUCGCCAGCGGGACCCAUCCAGAAACGCCCUCGGCAGCACCUUCUCUGCUGUAUUUCUGACCACCCUCUGUUCAGAUGUCUGUCUGUCUGUCUGUCUCCAUGAGCUCCACGGCGUGUGCUCAGUGCUGAGCAGUUAGGAAUUCCUGUCUCUGAGCUCCUGUAGCUCCGGCUCCCCAGUCUGGGAUGUAUUUCUGGGAUAGACUAUUGCCUAGAGCCAGGCAGGACCACAGAAGGAACUUCCUUGUGCUGUCGUGUAACUCACCCUGUCGCUGUCUGCAGUCCUCCCCAAGUCCUCACACAAUUCUUAACUGAGCACUUAUUAAAAAUAUCUUAAGAUUUAAUCUGUUUUCUGAUUAUUUUUGUGUAAACUUAUAAAAAAAAAGCAAAAAAAAAAAAAAAAACAAACAAA